GGGCAGAGUCCAGCGUAGCUCGCUCUGAUUGGAUGGUUUCGCCAGCGUGAGCUUUCUAAGCCAAUAGGAAGCCAGAAAAGUUAAGCCUGGGUGAAGCCAACCAGAGGGACGACAGUCAGGCGCUGGAAGGAGCAGGGCAGAAUGUUUUUGGUGGGACUGACAGGUGGCAUUGCAUCAGGGAAAAGCACAGUGGUAGCUAUACUGCAGGAACUGGGCUGUGCUGUUAUUGAUGCUGAUAUGAUAGCCCGUCAAGUGGUCCAGCCAUGCUUCCGGGCACACCAGCGUAUUGUGCAUUCCUUUGGUCCUGAGAUUCUCUUGGACAGUGGUGAGAUCAACCGUGAAGCUCUAGGAAGUAUCAUUUUCUCCCAGCCGGAAAAACGUCGGCUGCUAAACUCUAUCACUCACCCGGAGAUCCAGAAGGAAAUGCUAAAACAGAUCUUGAAAUACUUUUUGCUAGGCCACAGGUAUGUUAUCUUGGAUAUCCCUCUGCUCUUUGAAACCAACACAUUGACCAAGUUCAUGAAACAUACAGUUCUUGUGUACUGUGACCCACAAUCCCAGCUGUCUCGUCUGAUGCGCAGGAAUGGUUUGACUCAGGCUGAGGCAGAAGCACGCAUUGCUGCCCAGCUGCCCCUUGACCAGAAAGUCAAGCUGGCCAACCACAUCAUUGACAAUUCAGGAGAUGCUGAAGCUACAAGGAGGCAAGUCCUGAAGUUGCAUGCAGCACUGGAAGACUCCUUGGACUUCUUGUGGGUACGCCUGUUGGCUGUGGCAGCAACAGCUGGGGUUGGCAGCCUGGUGUAUUUGCUACUGCGGCAACUUGUGUCUUAACUUGCCCUUUCUAUGCUUGGAUGGGUAACAGAAAUCCAGGCCCUUUAAUUUGAUAUACAUGACUAAGGAACAAAAAGCAGACAAUGCUUGGGAGGCUAAUAUUUUCCAGUAGCCCCACCUACACCAUUCAGUCCUCAGUAUAAAAGGAGGCAUCAUUCCAAUUCUUCCAAAGUUGUUCUUUGCUUCCUUUUAUCAAGUGCUUUUUCAAAGAUAAGAUACACAUGCAAGGCAGCAUGAAUGGCGCCAUGGCUUACUAAGAGAGGUAGGAUGUAUGUAAUAACCUCAGAGUCAAAACACAAUUAGUAAAUUAAUUUUUGGCAUGGGAAUCAAUCCAGAACAAAGCAGUAAGUAUAUUGUGUGCUCUCUCCCCACAAAUGGAUGAAGCCUGGAAUUCUUCACCUUUUGGAAAGCUUUAUUUUUUGAUGGGUUUUUGAACAUAUGAUCAAUGUCAUAUACUGUAUAGACAGAAACGGGUAGGCAUAGAGAUCAGCCAUCAUGUUCUCUGUAGGGGAACUGACAAGGAAAAGUCACUUCUAGGACUAUCUAGACCUUAGAACUGGACUGUUGUUUAUACGUUUUCAAGAGAAUGUUGUGUUCCUGCAUUUUCAUUUAAUGCCUUUUCAUUCAUAUGGCUCACAUAGUCCAAAUGUUGUACUACAUACAGUCUUAGAAUACAGCUUUUGUCAUUAA